CACACACACACCAUUUUGUCUUCACUGUUAAAUGUGAGCUGCAGGCUUCUAGCAACCACCUUUAUGAAUUCAUACAAAAAACUAGGAGCAUACUAGGAACUUGAAAAGGAAGAUUGUAAGAGUAUUGCCAUCUUUGGUAGGAUCUUGGAAGCUGAUUGCAUUUAGCCUUGUAACUGUGUAAAUCAAGUCUCCAACUUGGUAAACCCUAAGGUUGGCUUUGUUUUUUAAAGAGUAGAUUAUAAUAGUAGUUUUGUCUGGGAAAGUGAUUUAAACGGCCUCUUCGUUAAGCCAAACGUGUGAUUUAGGGUAGAGAGAGGGUGCCAAGCGCGGGGGAAGCUGGGGCCCCACGCUUGGCCCCGCCCAGGUAACGCUGCCUUCCGGGCUUUGUUAACGCGCCGGCUGCGGUGCCAACUCAGCCGCGGGUGGGGGGCGGAGCCGCAGGGCGGGGCGGUGCGCGUUGAUGUGACGUCCCUGCGCGCGCCGUUUUCUGUUCCCGGGCGCGAUGGCCGCUACGCUGGAGUCCUCGCUGGAGGACCCACUGCGGAGCUUUGUGCGAGUUUUGGAGAAGCGGGAUGGUACAGUGCUACGACUACAGCAGUAUGGCUCCGGUGGCGUGGGUUGCGUUGUUUGGGACGCUGCCAUUGUCCUUUCUAAAUACCUGGAAACGCCCGAGUUUUCUGGCGACGGGGCCCACGCGCUGAGCCGGCGGUCGGUGCUGGAGCUGGGUUCGGGCACCGGGGCCGUGGGGCUCAUGGCUGCUACCCUCGGGGCUGAUGUUGUAGUCACCGAUCUUGAGGAAUUGCAAGACUUGCUGAAGAUGAAUAUUAAUAUGAACAAGCAUCUUGUCACUGGUUCUGUUCAAGCCAAGGUACUGAAAUGGGGGGAAGAAAUAGAAGGCUUUCCUUCUCCACCCGACUACAUACUGAUGGCUGACUGCAUAUACUAUGAAGAGUCUUUGGAGCCAUUGCUGAAAACUCUAAAAGAUGUCAGUGGAUUUGAAACUCGUAUUAUAUGUUGUUAUGAACAACGAACAAUGGGGAAAAAUCCAGAAAUUGAGAAAAAAUAUUUUGAGCUCCUUCAGCUAGAUUUUGACUUUGAAAAAAUUCCUUUGGAAAAACAUGAUGAAGAGUAUCGAAGUGAAGAUAUUCAUAUUAUAUACAUCAGAAAGAAAAAAUCGCAGCAGAUUCCAAAGCAUGGAGAUAGAAUUGGAGGAGUGAUGUGGGAACUGUAAGGCCGAGGGGUAUUGAAGAUGCACCCUGCCAGCCUGAGAAGUGAUGCAUGAAUUGAGGGUUAGAAGACUUCUGCAACAACAUGAAGGAGGGGAUGACGUGGUUUAAAAGGCAAGUGCAACGGAUGAGGUGAUGCCACUAGCUGGGGCUCAGCCAGGACACAGCUAAUUCCCAAAUCCCAAGGGACUGCCAAUGCCUCGGCCUCUGGGCGAGUGUGGGUUGCCUCUCCACAAUGGAGCUCGUAAACCACUUAUCAGAAUGCAGUUAUAGCCAAUGAGGGAAAGGGUUGCACCCCCACAGUAAGGCAGUAUUUCUCAAACCAGGCUGCACGUGGAAAAUUAAAAGCACACAAAACGCAUGUUCAGGCCCUAUCCCAGUCCAGUUUAAUCAGAGGCAUAGUAUUUUUAUUAAGGGGUUCCAGAUGGUCUUAAUGUUUGCCUUAAAUUGAGAACCACUGCAACAAGGAAACCUCUUUUAGCAUCUACUUCCCAAGGAGAAGAGAGCAAAGAAAGAAGAAAGUAUAUAAAAAGCAAACCAUCUGUGAAUAGAGUGGGCCUGUAGUACAUAUGGACAAAAAACGACUUGGAAUCGGAUGUGGAACCUUGUAUGAAAUAGGAGGUUUUAAAAUAAACAGGACUGAGCUUUGGAAACGGAAAUAGACUGUAAAUAUAAUCUGAAAAUUUAGAGAAUCUGGCCAAGAAGGCAGAGGUGAUGGAUGCUACUCAAGAAGGAAGGGGGAUUCGACAGUUAAAAAUUGUUGCAGGUCCAGUCUCCAAUGACUUGAGUCUCUUCUGUACACCAGUUAUAACUUUAAAUGUCUUUGAGGUUGCAUAACUUUGCAUUUUAAUCUGCCACAGUUUAUAACCAAGGGUCCAUGGAUCAUAUGUUAGGUGAAGUUGGAAAUGAAAUUAGUUUUUUGUUGUUUUGUUCUGUUUUGAGACAGACUCUCACUCUGUCACCCAGGCUGGAUUGCAAUGGUGCGAUCUUGGCUCACUGCAACCUCCGCCUCCCAGGUUCAAGCGAUUCUCCUGCCUCAGCCUCCAAAAUAGCUGGGAUUACAGGCACCUGCCACCACACCGAGCUAAUUUUUGUAUUUUUAGUAGAGAUGGGGUUUCACCUGUUGGUAAAGCUGGUCUCGAGCUCCUGACCUCAAGCAAUCCACCCGCCUCAGCCUCCCAAAGUGUUGGGAUUACGUGCGUGAGCCACUGCACCUGGCCUAGGUUAUUUUAAAGUAAGAACUAUUAAUCCAGAAUGUUAGUGGGAAUUUUUUUAUACACAGCGUAUCUUUUAAUUUUUUUCUUACCUUUCUUGAAAAAUUCCUUGUUAAAUUAUGCGAAAUAUGAUGUGACAGAUUAUAGGUAUUUUAAUUUAAAGGAGAGUAUGGGUUAUAGAAACAUCUGUUGUUCUAAAGGCCCCCUGUAGAUGGCAUUGCUUGACUUUGUCUUUUAAUGUUUUAUAGAAAGGAAGUUGUUAAAAUAGAAUCUACUUUGAAAUACAAUCACAUUUUAAAGGUGAACGAAAUUAGAUUAAAAAGAAUAAGUCUACCUUUUGAGUUACUUUCAGAAGAUAACACAGGGUAAGUAAAACAAGUUUUUUUCUUGUAAAACUGUAUUUGGUUUAUCUUUCCGUUUCUUUCUGAUAUGCCUUUUGAAUAUCAUUCAUAAAGCUACAUUAUUACAAUUUAUAAAACAUUUUCUCCGCUAUCGAUACCUUCUGUGAAAAGAAGACAGAUAUUUAAGAGGCUAAAUUAAUUCAAGUGACGUUCUGAAAAUUAAAAUUCACCUUGAAAGCAGCUUUCACAUAAUCAUGAUUUUACAUCUGAGACACUUAAAACUUCUCAUUUUAAUUAGUUUUUCAAAGCAGUUUUUUGUUUUUUGUUUCUUUUUUUCAAUAGAAUAAGUGGUAGUUCUUACUUCUGAAGGCUGAAGUUCUGUCUUUGGUUCCCACAGUCCUGUAGGCACAGGCCAGGUAUUUGACUUUUGGGUUUUCUUUUUUCUCAGGAAACAUCAGGAUUUGAAAGAGUUUUGAUUCAUUGAUAACAAACAUUGUUAGAGGAGAAUAUUCAGUUUUCAUACCAUAAAGACCUUCACUCUAAUAGAAAUACAGAAAAAGAAAACUGUUGCAACAAUAUCUUACUGAAAAUUAAUGGAAAAGCUAAGUGUUUACUUUCCAUAAUAUUGGGUAGGAAAGCAAUAAAUUCUCAAGGCGUUUUCACCAGUUAAAGUUUAAACCAUUAGAUAUUUGAGGUUGUUCAAGACAUUGAAGUUCUUAUGUGUUGGUGAAGUUCUGUGAGUCCCCAUCAACUGUGAGAUACAUUCUAAGUCAUUGAUUAUUAAUAACAAGAUGCUAUCAUUUGCAAAUGAUAAACCUAAAAUAUGGUAGAGCAAAUUAUCUCCAUGAUAAUAUUUUGCUCGCGUGCAUUCUGAAAACAGUGUCAGCACAGAGGCUCUGAGACCAGAUUAUCUGGGUUUGAAUCCCAGUGCUACCACUUACUAGCUGUGUGACCUUGAAGUUACUUAAACUCUGUGUGUGUCAGUUUCCUCAUAUGUAAGGUAAAGAUCAUAAUAUCUUAUAGGUUGCUGUGAAGAUUAAAUUAGUCAAAUACAUGUAAUGUACUUAGGUACCAGGCACAUAGUAAGUGUUCAAUAAAUGUGACUGUAGUUGGGGUGGAAUUACAGAUGGGCACUUGGAAAAUAUGCAUAAUGCAAGUCAGUUUUAUCUGUUGCAGUGUGAAAUCUGGGCACCUUUUUGAGAGUAUAGGAUGCAUGUAAACAUUGCUGCCCAGUCACAGUGGGAAUGGCAGCUGGGAUGGGAGGAGGUUGAGAACAUUGUUAUACAACAUGUACUGUUAUUUAAACAAAUAACAAUCUUAGAAAAAUAAAGAUAUGGGGAAGAAAAUUUUUGUUCACUGUUAGUUUUUACAGUUUGAAAGCAACUGUCACGAGCAUUCAAAGGCUAAUAGGGACAGAGCAAAUCCUCGUUUCUAAAUAUGGGAGCCUGGGUUUGCUGGCUGGAGCUCCAAGAUUAACAUUCCACCGCCCUGGACCCUUACUCAAUUCUUCCUUCCACGGUUGUUUGCUAAACCUGAGACCAGAUAGGUAGCAGGCCAUUAAAGUACAGCAGAAAGUCAUUUUUCUGAAGUGUGAGACUUGAUCUGUCUGCAUAACGAUAUUUUCAGAGUUUAGAUUUAUUAACUCUAAAAGAGCAAUAUGACUUUAAAAUAUGUUUGUAGCGGUUGUUUCUUGCCUAAAUAAUCUUUCACUGUGUAAUGAGUGCAUGUGUGGGAUGCAGGACUUAACUAAUUCCUCAGGCUAACUGACCAUGUCUUUUACUAACAGACAAGAAUGACUAAACCUUGGAUUGUGUCUGUUUCUCCAUCAGCCAGUGUAAAGUGGCACAUAGGCUUUACUUCAGAAGGGGUGUCCAAUCUUCCCUGGGCCACACUGGAAGGAGAAGAAUUGCCUUUGGGCCACACAUAAAAUACAAUAGUGAUAGCUGAUGAGUUUAAAAAAAAAUUGCAAAAGGUUUACGAAUUUGUGUUAGUCCACAUUCAAAGAUGUCCUGGCCAUAUGCAGCCCAUGAGCAGUGGGCUGGACAAACUUGCUUUCUGCUUCUGCAUUAUAUUAAACUUGCAAGGCCUUUCUGCUUGCAAUUAAUGGAAAAUAUUGUCGUGAAUACUAAAUAGGUGGUCUUAAUUUUUAGAAACCUUUAUACAUUACCUAUAAUACAGUAACUUAUUUUGUUGAAUUAAUUCACAUUUUUUAAUUUUCACAGGUUGAAAACAAGGAUAUUUCCUCCUUGCAAAGCACAAUGAAAAUGUUUGUGAAAGGGCUGGCCCAGAUGCAGUUUUUAUCGGCUUAAACGUUUGAGUAGUUAACAAAUUCCUUUCAGGUUAUUAGUUCUAAUGAGGUACCACUGACAGUCUUUUGAUGGGUCAGUGCUGUUAAAUACUUUUGGGUUUUUUGUUGUUGUUUGUUUGAGACAGAGUCUCACUGUCACCCAGGCUGGAGUGUAGUGGUGCAAUCUUGGCUCACUGCAACCUCCACCUCCCAGGUUUAAGCUAUCUUCCUACUUCAGCCUCCUGAGUAGCUGGGAUUACGGGCACGUGCCACCAUGACCGGCUAAGUUUUAUAUUUUUUGUAGUGAUGGGGUUUGGCCAUGUUGCCUAGGCUGAUCUCAAACUCCUGAGCUCAAGCAAUCUGCCUGCUUUGGCCUCCCAAAUUGCAGGGAUGAGCUGCCACACCUGGCCUUGAGUAAUUUUUUAAAAGUUACCUUUAACUCAGAUUUGUUAAUCUGCUCAAGUCCAGGCAUUAACGAUGUGAGUUCCAGGUGCUUGUGUUGGUUCAUGAUUGUUUGACAAAUCAUUGCCAGAGUUUUAUGUAUACAGUACAAACAAUCUCAUGUAUCUACAUUCAGUACUCAACCUUGUUCUUUUAAGGAAUGUGUCCUGAUAACCUGCUUGUGCCUCAUGCACAGUACAGCAAUGUACUGAGGUGCUACAUAUACAAAUUACUAUUUUUUUUUUUUUUAAGAUGGAGUUUCGCUCUUGUUGCCCACGCUGGAGUGCAAUGGCGCAAUCUUGGCUUACCGCAACCUCCGCCUCCCAGGUUGAAGCGAUUCUCCUGCCUCAGCCUCCCUAGUAGAUGGGAUUACACGCACCAUGCCCAGCUAAUUUUGUAUUUUUAGUAGAGACAGGGUUUCUCCAUGUUGGUCAGGCUGGUCUCAAUCUCCCGACCUCAGGUGAUCUGCCCGCCUCGGCCUCCCAAAGUGCCGGGAUUAUAGGCAUGAGCCACCGCGCCCGGCCACAAAUUACUAUUUUUUUUUAUACAAAGCUUAGAUGAGAAGCUUUACACUUGUGUUUAGAAUGAGUGUAAAUAAUCUCAGGGCAUAUAAUUCACGUGAACAAAGGACUGGCUUCUUAAAACCAAAAAACAGGAAAAACAAGUUUCACACUCCCACAAAUAAUAAAUGUUUAACCAGAGAAUAUCUUUGGAUUUCAGUGACAUUUAUGAAUGUAGGUACAGUAGUGUGCUUUUAAAAUAACUAUUUUCUUUCUAAACCUUGUUACAAGGAUUUUUUUUUUUUUUUUUUUUUGAGACAGUGUUUCACUCUGUUGCCCAGGCUAGAGCGCAGUGGCAUGAUCAUAGCUCACUGCAGUCUCGACCUCCUGGGCUCAAGUGGUCCUCCUGUCUCAGCCUCCCAGUAGCUGGGACUAUAGGCAACAUACCACUAUGCCUGGCUAAUUAAAAAAAUAUUUCUUUCUGUAGAGACAGGGUCUCGCUGUAUUGCCCAGGCUGGUUUUGAACUCCUGGGCUCAAGCAGUCAUCCUACCUCGGCCUUUCAAAGUGCCAUGAUUAUAGGUGUGAGCCACUGCAGUGGAUAGAUUUUUUUAAAAAUUCUGUUGUUCAAAACUCUUCACUCUCAAGCAUGUAUCUGACACCCACAGUCAGUCUGUUACUCUUGUUCCCUGUGAAAUGUCUGCUUGUUAACCUGAGAGUCCAAAGAACAGGAGAGGCAUAGUUUGGCUGGUAGGAACAAUAUUCCCAGUUAGCCCUGGAAGACAGCUCCAGUUCAGUUCUAAAUCCAAUCACCUUCCCUUUAUGUUCCCAAGCUUUAUGAGAAAACAGCUCACUUGAUUACCACCUAAUCUACCUGUAUGUCCUUGGGCAAGUUAAACUCUGCAUGUUACUUUCCCUUUCUGUAAAAUGAGAAUAUCUAUUGGCUAACAUUGUGGUGAUGGUUAAACUGGAUGAUGUAUGGGGACCAUACUUAAGGAAGCAGUCUCCUCAGUUUAAACCAAAACUGUUUGUUCUGAGAAUCCAGACUGGUAAACUCUUGCAAGCUAGAGAGGUGUACAAGAAACCAUCCCAAGUAAAUGACACAUAAGUGGUCCAGGAAAAACAAUCCCCAGUUGUUAGGAAGGAUUCCAAGUUUAGCAGUGUGCCUGUCGUUUACCAUUAUGUUCCAACCAGACAUCUUCACCAUGUCUUUUAGACCCUACUUCAUCAUAGGAAGAGAGAAGCCACAGGGGAAAAUAAUUGAGAGGUUGGGUGCUCUUAUCCAAAAAAAAAAAAAUCCCGUAAGGCUUUAAUGAGGCAUAGGGCAUCACUGGUUUGAUACUUCCCAGCAGAAUGCAAUACCAAAAGUAAAACCAAAGAAAUAGUCCCCUUUUGAAAACACGAAGGUCCCAAUGCAGCAGACUAGUGCAGGCCGCAGAGGGUGGGAACAGAACUUAGCAAAGAAGUUCCCCGAGACUCCGCAAAAUACUGUAAAGUGGACAGCAAAUGAAAUAUGGCUUGUUGCUGUUAGAGUUUCUCCACAGUUAACUCAAAACUGAGGACCUAUGUGUAAAGAGUCUGGAACAACGCCUGACAUAAAAGAUCCUCAACAGUGGGGAGGAAGAGCAUCAGGAUAAAUAGCUUAAUGCAUGCUGGACUUAAUACCUAGGCAAUGGGUUGAUGGGUGCAGCAAACCACCAUGGCACAUGUUUACCUAUGUAACAAACCUGUACAUCCCGCACAUGUAUCCCGGAACUUAAAAUCCUCAAGACAUUUUAAUUCUCUUCCCUUCUCUCAUUUUCAAAUCUACCCUCAAUGACUUUUCUCAACAUUCAACACAUUUAUUUACUCCUUCAAUUCAGCAGACAGGCACUGUGCUAGGUAUCAAGGGUACCCAUCAGUACUCUUUUAAAUAUUAGGGACAAAUAAUAAGAUGCAUUCCAUACCCGUAAGCAGCUCUCACAUCUGUAAUGAGAGGCAUAAGCUAGCUACAGCGGCAGUGCAAAGGAGGGUGUGGUCGCCUCUGCCUCAGUUGGUCAGGGAAGAUUUCAUGAAGGGACCAUUAAGCUGAUUUUUGAAGGAUGAAUGGAAAUCCACUGGACAACUUGUCAGGUGUUCUAGGCAAACACAUGCAGCAGCAUCAAAUGUGGUUUUCAUGUGGCUCGAGCAUAGGGCAUGUGUGGGAGAUGACUAAUGGGUAGGCAGGAGGGCAGGGCAAGGACGUGCAGAGUCCAUGUGGCGUAUUCAGGAGUGCAGAUGGGUUCUGGAGGCAAUGAGAAGAUAUUUAAAUACUUUAAGCAGGGAAGCCACUUGGCCAAAUCAUUUUAGAAAGAUUAUUCUGACAGCAAAUUUGGAGAGUGGGCGGGAGAGGGGCAAGACAUGAGGCAAAGAGAUCAGGAAGGAAGAAUGAACAGGUAAGAGAUGUUGAGGAGUGGGGUCUGAACUCCAGCAGUAGCAGUAGGAAUGAAGAGGAAGGGAUCUGAGAACCGCUGUGGAGCUAGACUAAGGCAGAUACAGUAAGUUGUGUAGGUGCCCACGGAGCAUCCUGUUGGGGUCAAGGCCUCCACGGUCCUCAUACUGCCCUUCUGCAGGUCAGAGUCCCUUUUCUUUAAAACACUUUUAUUUUGAAAGGAAUUGUAAUAACAUUAAUUUUAUUAGAACUAGAGACUUUACUGUCAUCUGCCAGAAAAUUGGCCUGUAUAUAAAUCAUGUAAGUUUGGAAUCAACGGUUUUAAUUUUUGGUUUUAAAUUCAGAACAAUAAUGAUGUCUACAAUGUGAAUGGUGUCCCCUUCCAAUGUUGCUCUUUGCUGUACCCAGCCUGAGUGGCCACACACUGUGACCCUGGUUACAUGUAUGUAAUAGGCAGCUAAACACAAGCGGUCCUCUGUAUAUGUGAGUUCCAUGGGUUUCAACCAAACGCAGAUUGAAAAUAUUCGGGGAAAAAAAAAUGGAUGGUUGUGUCUGUACUGAACAUGUACAGACAGAGUUUUUCUUGUCAUUAUUCCCUACACAAGACAGUAUAACAACUAUUUACAUAACAUUUACAUUGUAUUAGGUAUUAUAAGUAAUCUAGAGAUGAUUUAAACUAUAUGGGGGUAGGGGAUGGGUGCGGAGGGCAAACACAUAGCAAAUGGAUGCUGGGCUUAAUAACUAGGUGAUGGGUGGAUCUGUGCAGCAAACCACCAUGGCACACGUUUACCUAUGCAACAAACCUGCACAUCCUGCACAUGUACCCCUGAACUUAAAAGCUAAAGAUAAAAAAAUAAAUUCAGUCCAAUAAAAAAGUAAUAAGGUAUAUGGGAGGAUGUGUUUAGGUUAUAUGCAAAUACUAUACUAUUUUAUACAAAGGACUUGAACAUCUGUGGAUUUUGAUGUCUGCGGGGGGGUCCUGGAAUCAAUUCCCCAUGGAUACUGAGGGAUGACCCUAUAUAGGUUUGAGGGCAGAAGAGAGGGUGGAUUGAGAAAGAUGUCUUUUUUUUUUUGGCGAGACAGAGUCUCAUUCUGUGGCCCAGGCUGGAGUGCAGUGGUGCUAUCUUGGCUCACUGCAACCUCUGUCUCCCAGAUUCAAGCAAUUCUCCUGCCUCACCCUGCUGAGUAGCUGGGAUUACAGGCGUGUGCCACCACACCCGGCUAAUUUUUGUAUUUUUAGUAGAGACGAGGUUUCGCCAUGUUGGCCAGGCUGGUCUCGAACUCCUGACCUCAGGCGAUCCACCUGCCUCAGCCUCUCAAAGUGCUGGGAUUGCAGACGUGAGCCACCGUGCCUGGCCAAGUUGAGGUCUUAUAGAUCACCCCAAAUGUAUAGAUUGGGGAAAAGCCCAGGUUAAGGCCCUCGGAAGUACCAAAAUUCAAGGAAUAAUUGGAAAAAAACAGAACACUUAAAGGUGAAAUAUUGAAAUGUCUUCUGCCUUGACUCCAGGGACAGUCAGUUCUCAAACAGGUUGAUGGUCAUAUAGCUCCUAUUUUUGUACUUCAUACACUGAGACUUCCAACGUACCUUUCAUCUGCCAGGAUUAGAUUUUAUACAUCUGCCCCCAAGUCAACAUAAUGAUGCUGCCUGCUUAGCAGCUUAGCUAUCUGCAGCAGUGCCAUCUUUGCAUCUCGGUACUUGGGCAGCUGUUUUAAUACCUGGUCCCUGUUCUAAAAAAAUGAGAGAAGACCCCAAAAUGAAUAUGUUGUUACUAAUGAUACAGAACUCAGGUCUCAAAUGAAUACAACUUAGGAUGGAAGCCACUGGUAUUCAGAAAGCAAUAAAUCUUUUAGCCUCAAUAGCUGCUCAUUGGACUUAGUUUGAUUGUGAGUUCACUUAUGAAAAGGAAUGAGGAAAAUAUGAGUAUAGAACCAAUAUUGGAAAUAUUGUUGAACAUGGGAAUCUAUUUCUUUUUCUUUUUGAUACUGGAACUUUCCUCCUAUUUGACUUAAGUAGGUCUGACUUUCUCCGCCCAGCGUCUGGUUGCUCCUCCAUCACCAUCCUUCGUUCCUUUUCCUUCUCUGUUGCUUAACUCACAAUUCCCUGGGGCUCUGUCUUUUGACUGCUCACCUCUGCACACAUAGAUCUUGCAAUUUUCAUGAUUCCAACUACAAGCUUAUUGUUGAGGCCCCCUCUCUAGACCUCUGGCUCCGACCCCUCUCUUAAGUCUGACCUCUCCCCUUCAGCUGCCUGCCUGAUGUCUUCCUUUGCUUGCCCAACCAAGAGUAUGUCUUAGCAAAAUUUCUGCAGAAAUAGACUCUUCUGCCUCAUAUUCUUGUUUUACUGAUGGCAUCACCAUUCUUUUAGCAUUUCUAAUUUCUUCUGCCUCACAUGAACUCAGCGUGUCAUGCAUUGAUCUACCUGUGAUGGGUUCUCUCACGGUCUUCCCCCACUUUCCAUCUUCACUGCCAUCACCUCAGGUUGGGCCUCACUCCUCUAAUAGUCUCCCCACCUUCAAUAUCUCUCUACACUUACCUGUGCAGGCGGUGGUGGCACAGCAUACUCCUAACCUGGGGUUCCAGACUUUUCAUCCUGCUACUCCCAAUAGCCUGCCAAGUUCAGGAGAGACUUGGAUUUCCUGACCCAGGCUAACCCACAGGAUGCCCCCUGGAUAAGAGGCCCUUCUUGUCUGGGGUAGCUAGUGCCAAAGAUAAAGUAAGUUUUGAGCUGCCCGAGAGUAAAAGUCAAGAUAGAGGAAAGCAGAGUCUAGAAGCAAAUAGAGAAAUUAGAACAUUUUUCCGAUCAUUCUGUUUGAGUCUCUGAAGCUAGCUAUGUCUAAAGCCACCGCAGCCCCUGGACUUCCCAGUUACCUCACCUAGUUAACUGUUCUGCUGGUUUGGGGCUGGGUUUCUCUCCCUUGCAGUGGAUCAGAUCCUGACUGGUAGAGCAUUCAAACCUUUCAGCCCAUUAAACCCUACUGUUAAGAUCCUUCUCAAUCAUUACCUUCCCAGAAAGUAAUCUGCUUUUUAAGUUUGCAUUUUGUCCGUAAUACCCACCAGAUCAUCUUAACAGUUGAUUUAGAAGCCUUCUAGAAUAGUGUUGGUUGCUGAUCAUACUGUGGAGAUCUUAUCAAACUACAAAAGUAAGCAUUAUGAAACUCAUCAGAAAGUAAAAUGGAGGAAACAAAAA